AUGGUCAAGGUACUCCCUCAAAACCUUACAUGGGAGCCUCGGCUAGAGCUAAAGGGGGCAGUCAUACCUCAAAGCUCCCUCAUCAAGGAGUUCCAAAAAAGGCAUGCCCACUACCUCGCCAAGGCCCUAGAGCAGCCCCUUCUACGGCUUAAGGAUAUGGCUGCCUUGAGGAAUGUGAGGCAGUCAGACCUCUUUUUGUCCCUAAAGAGGGACCUGGCUUUGAUCAAAGAGCUCAUCACAAAAUUAAGGGUGGAGGAGAAGGAGAGGAAGAGCGCCAAGGUUGGCCUCAAGAAUGCUCAGGAGCAAGCUGAGGAUCAACGCAAGAAGCUUCAUUACACCAAGAUUGAGCUAGCCAUGGCCAAGCAACAGGCUACAAACUUGAAGAUGGAACUGGAGAAGGCCAAGGAGGCUACUCGCGUGGCUAAGGAAGUUACGGAGGCUUCAAAACAAGCAUCCUACAACCUUGAUGUGCAAGAGACUGAGGUCCAUCUGGCGAAGGAGCUGGCUGAGGUCUGCAGGGAUUACUACCAGGAGGUGUGGUUGGAAGCACUUAACCUCAUAGGAAUCCCUACUGCUUCAAAGUGGAGGAAGGCUAAGAACAUCUACUACCCUCCAAACAUUCAUGAAGUUCCAACUGCACUCCCUCCUCCUGUUGCCCCUGCACCAACCUCCUCUAAGCAACCCUUUGGUGGUUCUCAACCAGAGGACAAGGGUGAGGGCAAGGAGGUCAAGCCCCUGCCAAAGGCCAAAGAUCCAGAGGCUGCUCUCAAGCUCAAGGAUGCCACUCCUAAGGCCAAAGAUAUUGCUCCCAAGGCAAAGGAGGCUGAUUCCAAAUCCAAGGAAACUAAUCCAGCCACUGUCCCAUUUGUCUCCCAGCCUGGCAACAAAGAAGACCCUUCUCCAGCCAAGGCAUAG